CUCCUGUAUUUUCCACUCCAUGCAUCUGAUGAAGUGGGUUCUAGCUUCGGUCCAAAUAAAUGUGUUCGUCUGUAAGGUGCCACAAGGACUCCUCAUUGUUUUUCCUGAUACACACCAACAUGGCUAGCAUUCUGAAAGCUGACGUUCCAGAGACACUGUUUGUGAUGUUCCCUGCCACAGAGCGGGGUAAAUCCUUGAGAUCAGACCCCACAGGACGGGACACGGACGAUUCAGUGACCUGGAGUUGAUUUGGCCAGUGCCUGCUAAGGCUUGUUUCACCCUGGGGAUAAGAGCAGUGUCAAGGAAAGCUUUGAAACAGUUCAUUCGAACGCAGCCCAGACACCGUCUGGCUGGUCAGGGUAUUCGGGAAAACUCACAAUCAAAUUAUGUUUGAAAAGUGUUUUUCCUGAUCACCGCACGUAGCCAAACCGCGCUUGAGCUGUAAUCGUGUGAGCUGUUUUGAAUCUGUCCUUACGAAGGGCUCUGCCAGCACCUCCAGCCCACUGUGAACAGGCCUUAGUUACUGGUGGCUGCAGAAAGGCAUUUCAGAUGAACAAGUCUCCCGUUUUGGAGUCCGUGAGUCUUUCGGAGACAGAAGAGAUGCGCCGAGUCGUCUCCUGCUGAGACAACAGGGCCAGAGCCAGACCUGGGUUCCCAGGAAACCCCAGUGACACAAAACAGAACAACUCCUGUGACCAUCGCCCCACAGGGUGGAGAGAGCCACGCAAUGUGCCCUGCAGGUUCGGGAACAUGGACACAUCGCUGGGCAGUUCCGAGUGUGGUUCUCAAUCUCCUACUGAGCAUCAUCCUCAUCAUCCUAAUCGUCCUCCUCGCCGUGUCACCAAAGAAAUCUGAGCCGUGUUCAGCUGGUCCUGCCUGCCCAGACGGCUGGCUCGGGUACCUGGGGAAGUGUUACUAUUUCUCACAGGCUGCAGGAAACUGGACCGACAGCCAGAACAACUGCUCUGCACUCGGUGCCUCCCUGGCCGUGAUUGACACUCAGCAGGAAAUGGAUUUUCUGAUGCACUAUAGAGGACCCUUUGACCACUGGAUCGGCCUCCGGAGGGAACCGAACCAACCCUGGAUGUGGGCCAGUGACACUGAAUUCAGCAACUGGUUUACGAUAGAUGGAGGAGGCCUAUGUGCUUUUGCAGACAAUGGAGAAAUUGCCAGUUCAGACUGCUCCAGGGAGGGACACUGGAUCUGCAGCAAACCAGCGGAGAAACCAGAAGGCAGAGCAAAGUGACGGUGACCUGGAUGAGGCGGGGCCUUGUCCUUUUCACGGGGCUGUCCCAAGCUGUCAGUGACUGGGGAACUGGAUGGGGCUGGCGAAGGGAGACAGCCCCAGCAGCAAGGAAGAGAGACGCUCGCUGAAGGACAGCAUAUAGCUCCUCCACUUGGAGCCUCUGGCACCCAUUGGGCCAUUUGGGGACUGGGGUGAGGGUGCUGAUUAGCCAGCAUACCCCAGCUCGCUCUCUGGCACAGAGAAGGAAUCUUCUGACUUGGAAAUCAGAAGGGGAGCAGCCCAGCCUGCUGUGUCCCUCCUGUCAGACGCCCAGGGCAGGAGCCUGGCCCGGGCUGUGGCUAGAGGCCUAUGGACCAGCUGGGGCCAUCGGGAGGUGCUGUGGCCCCUGCAGCCAUGCGGUGAAGGGGCCGAUGUGAACCCUGCAGCCUGGGGCAAGGACGCAUGAACUCUGCUGUACAGGGAGACGGGCUGUUGUGCAGGCCCUGCUGAGCGCUGGGGGAGCGUGAAGAGACGCCGCAGACAGGAGGGGAUGGCUGGAACGUGCUAGCAUAGAUGUUUGUGUGUCUAUACAUGUGUGUACAUAAAUAUUUGUAUAAUAAUACACCAGCUCCCAGAAGGGAAACUUUUAUUUUGUAAA